GCUAGCCUUGAGUACUUUACAAUUGAGACAGCUUCUAAAAACACCGUAGCUACCUCUUUCUUGCUAGCUCCUCCCUUGGAGCUUUGUGAUCUGAAACUCAUGGCUGGACGACUGGGGCUACUUGCUUGGGUGAUCUUCAUCCUGUCCGCUUCAGCAAUCGUUAACAACAACUCAGUCCUUCUUCAAGCUGCAGCUCUUACCAAUGACAUCGGCGCAAACUAUCAUAUCCAUAACAGUACUGGUGCUAGCGGUAAUUUAUCCAAGGUGUUCGAGAUUUUGGUCAAAUGUGGCGGCAUAAGAAAUAUGAGGGUCUUUUCAGAUGAGAUCAAUGCCCCAUAUCUAGAUUACUAUGGAGCCUCCACUGGCAUUGCUCUCACUGUUAGCAUAUCAAAUUCUGAUGUGCAAAGGUUCGCUGCAAGCUUUGAAGACUUAACCAAGUGGCACCAAGAUGUUUUGUAUUCCUUACAUAUCACAUUUGAUGUCAAGUACAUCACUGUUGGUAACGAAGCAAUCCCCGGUCCCUCUACCGAUGAUGUUCUGACCGUAAUGAAGUCUGUACAACUGCUGAACAAUUAUAGCUCUUUUGGGGACAUCAAGGUGACAACCUCUGUGGGAUCAAGUGUUUUGGGGGAUUGGUAUCUACCGUCUAGUGGGGAGUUCAAACCAAAUGCUAGCAGAGCCAUGACUGACAUACUUGGAUUUCUAUCAGCGUCUCAAGCACCUCUCAUGAUAAAUGUGUACCCCUACUAUGCAUAUGCAGCUGAUCCGGCCAAUGUGCCGCUAGAUUAUGCACUCUUAAACGCCACCUACCCUAUGGUUCAUGAUGGCUCAUUGGAAUACAGUAACUUGUUUGAUGCAAUGGUGGACUCCUUUUACUCUGCCAUGGAGAAAGUUGACUACUCAGACGUGAGCAUUGUGGUGUCCGAGAGUGGGUGGCCUCGUGAUGGGAAUUACAACUUCACCACACCGGAACUUGCAGCCACAUACAACAGGAAUUUCCUGCUACGCAUCAGCUCAAAGGUGGGAACACCCAAGAGACCUGGUGCUUCUGUUAAGGGAUACAUAUAUGAGCUGUUUGAUGGUAAAAGCCCUCACUUUGGACUCUUCGAUGAGACCUUUGAACCUAUCUAUCCUCUGUUCCAGUGUUCCUUCUAGGAGAAUUGCCAUGUUAUACUAAGACAAUGUUGUUUUUAGCUAUAUAUUAAUUAAUGAAAUAAAA